AUUUUAAGGUGAAACGAACGUCACUCGGUCUUCCGUGCGAGAACAAUUUAUACUUCUUUAGGUAGAUGACACAAUUUAAAGGGGGAGAUGUCGAAUAUUUGAGAAGCUACUCAUGGGAAUAAUCAGCAGAGUGAAGCUGGAAAAUUCAUGUAUCUGAGCUGCUAGCCUACUGCCGUUGGAUGUAGCAGAGGAAUGACUCGUACAAGAUGCCACUCUUGGUCAACAGCUAAGUCAAGCCGUGUGCCGCUCGCUGGACGCGGAGUGCCUUUUCAACCUCCUCCAGAUCAUCCCAAGAACGCCAGAGUUUCAAGUGCUCGAGGUUCAUACGAGGAUGAGAUUUUGACGCUGGCCAUCUAAACCCAGGACCCAGGACAUAACACCAAACCAGCAAAAAGAGAGGAAUAUCCCAACAAAGCUUUUUGCUCCUUUUCCAGGCCACUCGUUUCAGCGUGCCCAUCGACAACAUUUGCGCGUCGCGGCCUCUCCAAGUCUGCUGCUGGGUCGUCGUUGCCUUGCAAUUUCAUUCCGGGCCAAUCGCCUUCACCUUCUCCAGAUAUAAAAGGCUCGAGAUGCGAGUGCGACUGCCCAAGCUUGCUUGCUUGCUUCUCCCGGCCGAUUUCACUACCAUUCCUUGCUCGACUUUGAGAGCGGUGGAGAGCCUUUGUACGUAGCUGCAGCCUGCAGAUGAUCUUCUCUGCUUUAGUUCUACUGUUCUGCUUCACCUGGUCCAUUCGUUUCAAGACAGCCGCCGCUGCAGGCCAUGGAUCAGCAGGAACAGACCAGAACUAUGGCACCUUGGAUCAGGUGAAGGAGAAGCUCCAACAGGUCGGGCUCGAGUCAUCUAACCUUAUAAUCGGGGUGGAUUUCACCAAGAGCAACGAAUGGACAGGGAAGCAUUGUUUCGACGGGAGAAGCCUGCAUCACCUCGGCGACGCUCCGAACCCUUACGAGCAGGCGAUCGGCAUCAUCGGGAGAACGCUGUCAGCGUACGACGAAGACAACAGGAUCCCAUGCUUCGGCUUCGGGGACACAUCAACGCACGAUCGAAGCGUCUUCAACUUCUACAGAGAUGGCCGGGCGUGCAACGGAGUUUCAGAAGCACUGCAGCGAUACAGAGAGAUCGCCCCUCACAUUCGGCUCUCUGGGCCGACAUCUCUAGCUCCGAUCAUAGAAACGGCGACGAGAAUUGUUGAAGCUUCUAGGCACCAGUACCACAUCCUACUGAUCAUAGCUGACGGCCAGGUUCCGACACGUACUCGUGCUCAUUCAGCAAGCUACCCGACUGAGGCAAGAUCCAUGAACUACCUUGAAGAAAGGACUCUUCAAGCUCUCAUACGUGCCAGUCAUUUCCCUCUGUCUAUUGUCCUCGUCGGGGUUGGUGAUGUGCCAUGGGAUGAUCGCAUUCACCGCCACGAUAACCGACGUUUGUUUGAUAAUUUCCAGUUUGUGGAUUUCACCGAGAUAAUGUCGAGGGAAACGUCGCAAACCGAGAAGGAGGAUCAGUUUGCGCUGGAAGCUCUGAGGAAGAUACCAGCCCAGUACAGCGCGAUAAUCGACAAGUGGAUCCGGGAGCAGGCCGCAAGCGCGCCUUCGGGGACUCCUCUUCUCCCACCUUGCUGAGACCGUUCUUGUGUGUGGCGGUAGCCGGGUGUAGCGUCAUGGGGGAUGGCAGAUGAUGUAAAGUCUGAACUUUUCUUCAAAAAACAGUCUGAACUCUGGAGCUUGCUACCACUUGGAGUUGAGUCAGUUGACACUUGACAGUCGGCAUUAGCAUAACCGUAGAUUUCCCAUCACAUUAGAAUUACCUUAGACCGACAGUUUCAUGAGUCGGUACUUCUGGCAUCUGUAAAUGUUUUUCUAUUCUUGUAUAUUUUCAUCUCUUGAUGUGAUUACGUAAUAAUGCGUAUUGAAAUUUAGCAAAUACUAACAACCAUUUGGGGAACUUA